AUGGCCAUGCUCCCUGGCCCCCCACUUGAGACGUUGCCUUUAUCUCUGUGUAAUGAUCCCUGUGAGACAGGAUACAGCAAGGAAAAGUUAGAAGGAGAAUCAUUUUGCUGUUAUGUUUGCCGUCUAUGUCCAGAUGGGAAAAUAUCAAAAAAGAAGGAUGUGAAUGACUGCUCUCCAUGUCCAGAAGACCAAUAUCCAAAUCCUGACAAAAAUAUGUGCAUUCCAAAGCGGAUCACGUUUUUGUCCUAUGAAGAACCCUUGGGGAUCAGUCUGAUUGUUCUUUCUCUUUGCUUUUCUUUGAAGACAACUUUGAUCAUCACAAUCUUCAUGAAACACAAAGAUACUCCCAUCGUCAAAGCCAACAACCGGAAUCUUACCUACAUUCUCCUAGUUUCCCUCCUCCUCUCUUUCCUUUGUGUCUUUCUAUUUCUCGGGAGACCCAAUACGAUUGUGUGUCUCCUUCGACAGCCAGCUUUUGGGCUCAUCUUUUCAGUGGCGGUUUCUUGUGUCUUGGCCAAAACAUUUGUUGUGGUUCUGGCAUUCAUGGCCACCAAACCUGGUUCCAGAUUGAGGAAAUGGGUGGGGGGAAGAAUGGUCGGUUUCAUUCUUCUAGCCUGCUCCCUUGUCCAAAUGUGUGUUUGUGUUGUGUGGCUGAUAACAUCCCCACCAUACCCAGAUUUUGAUGCACACUCAAUACCUGAAGAACUCAUCCUGGAGUGCAAUGAGGACUCGGUCAUGUUCUACUGUGUUUUUGGCUUUAUGGGUUUUCUUGCUUUGGUUAGCUUCUCUGCUGCUUUUCUAGCUAGGAAGUUACCUGACAGUUUCAAUGAAGCCAAAUUCAUCACCUUCAGCAUGUUGGUCUUCUGCAGUGUUUGGCUGUGUUUUAUCCCAACCUAUCUAAGCAGAAGGGGGAAAUAUACAUUGGCUGUGGAGAUCUUUUCCAUGAUCUCCUCCAGUGCUGGACUAUUGGUGUGUAUCUUCCUUCCUAAGUGUUUUAUCAUUGUGAUGAGACCCGAACUGAAUGAUAAACAUCAGCUCAUGAAGAGAAAUUUUUAA